UGUCGACAUUGAUUUGGAUAAGAAGGAUCCUCAACUGUGCAGCCUCUAUGCCCCAGAAAUCUAUAACAAAUUGCAUGUUGCGGAGCUUGUUCGCAGUCCAUAUCCUAAUUUUAUGGAGACAAUACAGCACGAUAUCACUCAAAGCAUGCGAGGGAUUUUGGUUGAUUGGCUUGUGGAGGUAUCUGAAGAAUACAAGUUGGUGCCUGACACACUUUACCUCACGGUGCAUUUAAUUGAUUGGUUUCUCUCUAGAAACUACAUUGAAAGACAACGACUUCAACUUCUUGGGAUUACUUGCAUGCUAAUAGCGUCCAAGUAUGAGGAAAUAUGUGCCCCUCGUGUCGAAGAAUUUUGCUUCAUCACAGACAACACUUACACCAAAGAGGAAGUGCUAAAAAUGGAGACUCAUGUAUUGAAGUAUUUUGGUUUUCAAAUAUAUGCACCUACUGCAAAAACUUUCCUCAGGAGAUUCUUAAGAGCAGCACAAGCUUCUUACAAGAGUCCAAGCAUGGAAAUGGAGUACUUGGCAAAUUAUCUAGCAGAGCUGUCACUAACUGAGUAUGAUUUCUUGAAUUUGGCUCCUUCCAUGGUGGCAGCCUCAGCUGUAUUUCUUGCCAGAUGGACAUUGGAUCACUCAUCUCACCCAUGGAAUUCAACUAUUGAACACUACACGGCUUAUAAUGCAUCACAUAUUAGAAACACAGUUGUUGCAUUGCAAGAUUUACAGUGGAACACCAAAGGUUGCCCUCUAACUGCAAUUCGCACCAAAUACAAGCAACCAAUGUUUAAAUCGGUGGCAACCUUAAAUUCUCCUAAACUGCCUGAAACACUAUUUUGAGACAAAAAUGGAGACUUUCAUGGUGGAAGAUUUCUGCAAUUUUGUC